AUGGUUACGUUUAAUUGCGAAGUGUGUAACGAUACCGUUCCCAAGAAAAACACUGAAAAGCAUUACUACAGGUGCCCAGAUGCGUACUACACGUGCAUAGAUUGCUCCAAGACCUUCGAUGACGGCGUGAGCUACAAGAACCACACGUCUUGCAUCAGCGAGGACGAGAAGUACCAGAAAGCGCUGUACAAGGGCAACAAGAAGCAGAAGCAGAAGCAGAAGCAGUCGCCGGCUGCCCCUGCUCCUGCUCCCGUCCCUGCCAAGAAAGUGGAGAAGGUGAAAAAAGCAUCCAACGGCAUUGAGCUCCAAAAGGGUCAGUCAUUGUACAAGAUUAUGAAAACUAUCAAGGACAAAGAUGCGAAAAAGACCUUUCUGAAAAAUCUGGUGGUGGAUUCAGAGGGGCAAAUCAAGUAUGCAAAGGAAUAG